AUGUCAACCUCCCGUUCUGAAAAAUCACAGAUGGUUGUGUCCGGCGCAGAAAAGUCUUAUGGAAUCAACCCUCAUACUAAAGAGCCUAUGAGGGUUAUCUUGACAGAUAAAGAGCGGGAAAUAUGUACUGCGCUAAACAAAUUUGCAGAAUAUUCGAAAGAAAAAGAGCCUGUUCAAUUAAGAAUAGCCGGAGGCUGGGUUAGAGACAAGCUCCUAGGUUUAAAAUCACAUGACAUAGACGUAGCUAUCGAUUCGAUGACAGGAUAUGAAUUCGCAAAGCGGCUGAACGAGUUUCUUAAGGAGCAAGGGCAUUCCGUGUGCGACAUUGGGAAGAUCGAAUCAAAUCCUGACAGAUCAAAGCAUCUUGAAACAGCAACGACAAAAGUUUUUGGGUUGGAAAUUGAUUUCGUGAAUUUGAGAAAUGAAGUAUAUGCGAAAAAUUCAAGGACUCCUACAGAAAUAACGCCUGGAACGCCAGAGGAAGAUGCACGAAGGCGUGAUAUUACAAUCAACGCGUUAUUUUACAAUAUACAUUCCGGAGAAGUAGAAGACUUUACAGGAAAAGGUAUCCCAGAUCUAGAAGCAGGUUUAAUCCGAACCCCAUUACCUGCUUUUCAAACAUUUGAAGACGACCCUCUCCGCGUCCUUCGUUGCAUCCGAUUCGCAAGCAGAUUCGAUUUCGAUAUUACGGACGAGAUCAAAGAGACUAUACAAACAGAAACUAUUCGGAACGCCAUAAGAUCAAAAGUUUCUCCUGAGCGUAUUGGCAUCGAGAUAUCAAAAAUGAUUGAACGUAAUCCGCUGCGCUCAUUCGAAUUCCUGUAUUCGUUGGGAUUGUAUAAAACUGUAUUCGCAUCGCCUCCUAGAGAACUAAUUGUAAAUGGAUCAAUGCGAAAUCCGGAAUAUGGUCUAAACGUUGCGCGAGUUAUCAAAUGGAUUUUUCAACUCACCGCAGACGAUGAGUUGCAUGAGCUUUUCAAAAAUCGAUCAACGGACGAGAUAAAAUCCUUAUAUCUGGCAUCCAUUCUGUUGCCGUACAAGGAUAUAGUAAUUCUGGAAAAGAGAAAGAUGGUUCCGGCAUCCAACUACGUUAUACGGGAAAGCCUGAAGCUGGCAAAUGUCAACGCAGACAUCACACACAAGCUGUUUGUGGCGAUAGAAGUGAUACGGAAGGCAGUACAAAAACAUUCAGAAGAAGGCGGCAUAAGCAGACUAGAAUUAGGAUUGCUUAUACGAGAGGUUGGCAUGCCAAAGUACAUGAGGGAAAAGUGGCCAACAGCGGUAAUUCUGGCAUUGGCGAUCGACCUCUUACCGGAAAGAGAAAAUAUAGAUGCGGGCUCGGGUACGUUUGGUGACAAUUCAGAAAAUGUCGCAAGAUUAUAG